AUGUAUUUAGUUCUACUUAUCUUUUAUUCUAUUGGAAUCGUAGUUGGGAUUGGCAACAUUGCACUAUCUUUGCAAGUGAAGUCAAACCAAAAUGAACCAAGUUCAGAAGUGCCUCCGGAUAAUCUUGAUUGGCGAACCAAAGGUGUCGUAACACCAGUCCAGGAUUAUUCCACCUCUCCGCAUGUUGCUGCAGUUGUUAUGAUUGAAACCAUCGAGAGUCUUCAUGCAAUUACAACUGGAAAUCUACAACGCGGAAGUCUUGCUCGUGUAAUUGACUGUUGUAGCAAAGAUAUAAUUAGUUACGAAUGUAUACGACUCAUUGGUGGUAUAUGCACUUAUAACGACUAUCCUACCGUUCGUGGCAUCUGUAAAGUUGAUGAUUGUAAACCGUUUGCAUCGUUCGAUACACUUGAUCAUUUUCAAGAGCAAGACGAUAAUGCAUUGUUACCUUUUAUACAAAAAUCAACAUUACUUGUUGGCAUCGAUGCAUCUAAAAGGUCAUUUUCAGAUUAUGAGGGUGGUAUUUACAAAGAAAAGAAUUGUUCUCAAAGUAUUGCUACACAUGCUUUACAAUUAGUUGGCUAUGGAAAAUCAGAAAGCGGAGAACCAUAUUGGAUUGCCAGAAAUAGUUGGGGACAAGAUUGGGGUGAGAAUGGAUAUAUUCGAAUUCUUCGUGGAGAAAAUAUUUGUGGCAUUGGAUCACAAGUUUAUCAACCCAUAAUUUUGACAACAACAACAACAAAACAGUCCUAUUGCUCAAGUGCACGAAGAAAUUGUUCAAUUACAAAAAUUUAUUUUUCUUUAAUGACAACUAAUGUAAUAAAACAUUCAUCUGAUUGUGCUAAAUGUGCUAUUUGUCAAUGCCGUUGUUGUAUAAAUAAACGUACAAAAUGUUCACGAAUAAAAAAAUCUCUUAUUCAAUCAGAUAUACAAUUUAAUGAUCAUGAACGUCAUUGUUUACUUAUUCUCGUACGACAUGGAAUAAGUCAAGAUGAAGUUGAUAAACGUUUUUCUGGAUGGAAUGAUUGUGAUAUAUCAAAUAUUGGUAAACAACAAAUGCAUCGAACAGGUCAAGCACUUCGUCAAGCAAAUUUUUUCAUUGAUAUGUGUUUUACAAGUGUUCUUAAACGUGCAAUUAAAUCUUUAUUUAUUAUUCAAGAAGAAAUGAAUUAUUUAUGGUUACCUGUGUAUAAUAUAUGGCGACUUAAUGAUCGUAUGUUAGGUAGUCUUACUGGUUUUCAUCGUGAUAGAGCUGAAGCUUUAUUUGGUCAAAAUCAAAUUAAAGAAUGGCUCACACGAUCUGAAUCAGCACCUCCAUUACUUGAAGAAUCGAGCGUAUUACAUCCUCGAUUAAAUUAUAAAUAUCGUAAUAUCUCUUCGAUUGUUCCAUCGACAGAAACACUUACUGAUAUUCAAAAACGACUUUUACCAUUCUUUUAUGAUCAAUUAUUAAGUAAUUUAUAUCUUGGUAAAAAUAUUCUUCUUGUUACACAUGAAGAUACAUUAAAAGCAAUUAUUCGUCUUUUGAAUAAUUAUACUGUAGAUGAAUAUGUUAAUCAAGAAAUACCAAUUGGUAUACCUAUUGUAUUUGAAUAUUCAUUAAAUAGAAAUGAAUUAUUCAAUAGUUAUUAUCUUUCAUCAACAUUAUUCGAAAAUAAUACAGAUAAUCAACAUCAAUUAUUUCCAAUAGAAUUUGAUAAUAAAAAAUUAACACCAACAAAAGAUAUCAUUAAACAAUAUUCAUUAUCAAAUAUUAAUUCGAAAACAUCGAAAGAAAAACUAAAUAUUCACAAUAAAAAAGCUUCAAUUGAUACUAUCAAUACAUCCAUUAAUACAGAUAUUUCUGAUAUAAAUGAUUCCAGGAUAGUUGAUUCCCUGAAUGAUCAACAACAAGAUGAAAAAGAAUUUGAAUCUUCAAUACUACCAACAACUGAUGUUGCCUUGCAUGAAUCGGCCAUAUCUAUUCAAGCAAAUCAAAACGAUGAUAGAUUAAUUCGAGAUGGCAAUGCUUUUUCGGAUAAUGCUAAUGUUACUAUUUUAUCUAGUCGAAAAUCAGAUUAUAUAAGGAAGAAAGAUAAAAAAUGUUGUUCAUUUGUUUCUUCUAAAUUUAUACCAUCGAUCUGA